CUCAUCAUAUGCAAUAUGCCAUAUACAUAUAGAUAUACACAGACAUACAUGUGAAUGUAUAAGUGCGCAUCCACUAAAUAUUAGAUAGUACUGACAUAGACAUAGAGAUAUGUUUAUGCAUACACACUCAUAAAUAUAUUAUUCAUAGAAUUACUAUCACAUGCACAUCCACACACAAACCACCAUGAUUAUACAUGUCGUCAUGUGUGGUCGUGUGCUAUUGAACACCAGAUACACAAAAAUACUCAAUUCUAGCCACACGCAUAUGCUUAGUAAAGGAAGGGCCAUAGCGCGUGCAUACAGGAUAUGUAGUACACCAUAUAUACCAACACUCAGAUAUAAUGCUUUACAUACAGUCAAUCAAAUACAGUCCCACGCUAGGCAUGGAAUAGGUAGUAGAGUGGGGUGUCGGCUGAUGAGUGCGGCGCCAAAUGCACAUAUAGCGACUGAUAAGGAGCAUACAGGGAUAUCCCAAGACACCGUAGAGGCGACUCAUCUCAGAUCGAAUGGGAAAACCGACAAGAACGAAGCGGUAGAUGCGGAGACAGUCACAUCGAGUGGGAAAAAAGCAAAACGAAAGAACAAAGCAUGGGCUGUAGUGCACAAUGAAGUUACUGUGGAAAACAGGAAUGCGCAGCUGUGGGUGGCGGGCUUGAAGAAAAGUCAAAGUGCCAGCGGUACUAUAGAUAGGUGA